CUCACUCAGCGUUUCUCAGGCAUGACUUUAUACCCUAAAGUUCCCACAGUGUGAUGCUGCUGCUGGGAAGCCCAAUGUUGAAGUUCCAGUUAGGAAUUUGAUCUGUAAUUUAUCUCCCUUGGAGGUCUGAUCUCUGUCAUCAGGUUCACAGAUGACUGUCCAGGCUGAGAGGAUGGAGGUGGCAUUAGUUGACUUUGAGAAGUUAGAGAACAUGAAAAGUAAUAUUGAUGACCCAUGUUACUCCAAUGACAAAGACACUUUGACUACAGAUAUGCAAGAAAGGGGACCGGGCUCCAAUGUUAAUCAUGUCAUGGAUACCCCAAUUAUCCCAUCCUAUCAAGAGAAAAGUCAGAUUACUAGAGAGCCACUGUCUCCUACUAUAGUACUCCCAGCAACAAGAGGGCGUCCUAGUUGUGCUAGCUUAAUGUCCAACUGGAAACUUUUAUUAAACAUGGAAGGCACUCAGGGUGAGAGCAUUUUCAACAAUCUGGCCAAAGAAUGCUACGAGGAUUUAUUUGUGGACAAGAAAACCAUUGAUGAUGGUGAUCAGAAAGUCAUUAUAAACAUUGCUGGACUUCGUUUUGAAACACGACUCAAGACUUUGGACCAGUUUCCAGAUACUUUGUUGGGAGAUCCCUUAAAAAGAAUGGACUACUUCGAUCCAAUGAGAAAUGAAUAUUUCUUUGAUCGCAAUCGUCCAAGCUUUGAUGGAAUUCUCUACUAUUACCAGUCAGGUGGAAAGAUCCGCAGACCUGUUAACGUUCCCUUAGAUGUUUUUGCUGAUGAAAUCAAUUUCUAUGAGCUGGGAAGUGAGGCUAUGGAGCAGUUCCGUGAAGAAGAAGGCUUUAUCAAAGAACCAGAGAUUCCUCUACCAUCCAAUGAGAUCUAUAGACAGUUCUGGUUGCUCUUUGAGUACCCGGAGAGCUCCAAUGCAGCUCGUGGAGUUGCUCUGGUCUCCCUCAUAGUGAUUAUUGUCUCUAUUAUCAUCUUUUGCAUGGAGACCCUUCCAGAGUUUCGUGAUGACUUUGAGGUCUUUCAAGCCAUAGGACUUCCAAUCAAUCAUACAAAGAGUGCUGGAUUUCCCUCCAUCUCUACACCAAGUGCCACCUCCAAGAGCAUCAGCACCACGGUCACUGACCCGUUCUUCAUCAUUGAAACAGCUUGCAUCAUCUGGUUUGUCUUUGAGAUUUCUGUCCGCUUCCUGGUUUGUCCAAGCAAACGCGAGUUCUUUAACAACAUCAUGAAUGUCAUUGACCUCAUCUCAAUCAUCCCUUAUUUUGUCACUGUCAUAACUGAAUUGGCAACCGUGACCAAUACUAAUAAUGGAGGACAGAAUAUGUCGCUGGCCAUUCUUCGAAUAAUCAGGUUAGUAAGAGUCUUCAGGAUCUUCAAGCUGUCACGUCACUCCAAAGGUCUUCAGAUUUUGGGUCAGACACUCAAAGCCAGCAUGAGGGAGCUGGGCUUGCUUAUUUUCUUUCUCUUCAUUGGAGUUAUACUAUUUUCCAGUGCCAUCUACUUCGUUGAGGUGGAUGACCCAAAAACACAGUUUGGUAGCAUCCCUGAUGGAUUCUGGUGGGCCGUUGUCACCAUGACGACGGUGGGAUAUGGAGACAUGUGUCCCAUUACGCUGGGAGGGAAAAUAGUCGGCACUUUGUGUGCCAUUGCUGGCGUUUUGACCAUUGCGUUGCCCGUGCCAGUCAUUGUGUCCAACUUUAACUAUUUCUACCACCGUGAGACAGAACAGGAGGAGAGGAAGCCGCUAUCUGAAGAUUCUCAAAAAUUAGGCAGCAACUCAUCUUUGAAUAAGAAAAAUGAAAAGUCUGAAGCCAGGAAAGCAACAAAACUAAAGGACAAUGCUGACUUUUGUGCUUAAAUGUUUCACUUAGUAUUAUUUUUAAAUGAAUGAUCUUUCAUAAGUGGCACACCAAACGUUUCCCAUAAACUUGCUACCUCAU